AUGCAGGGGAGAGAGCUGGAAUCACUUGGGUUUCCGGGUCCAUCCCAUGUCCGCCAGGCCCUUCAAAAGGCCAAAAAGCCGGCCACCCUCAUCGCGGCGGUCAAGAAAUUUCGCGCCGAAAAUGGGCUGAGGAUGCCCUCCCUCUACCCAGCGCUCAAGCUGCUCGAUUUGCAUAACGUGCGCCGCGUGGAUUUUCAUGAUGCCGUGGCCAAUGACUUGGGCGAAAAAUUGGUCGGGCGGCUGAGGGAGUUGGGAAAGAGCAAGGAUCCUGAGGCGCAAAAGAAGCUGGAGACGCAGCUGGAGAACAGUUUCAAGCUGUAUCGUGUCCCCCAAGUGAGGCCGAUCGUGUUGGAGACGUUGAAGCAGAUGCAACGCGUCCCGGACAGGUACCUGAAAAUCAUCGUUUGUGAUGAGGAGCUGUAUGGAGAGUGCGCGGUCACGGUUAGACAGCAGAUAUGGCUCAAAAACGGGGAUUUAUUCACGCAAACCGUUGCCCCUGUUCUCGCACAGUACAUUGUGGCCAAACGGAAUUUGGAAUGCAACAUUGACCCGUCGACCACCAACUUUUUCAACGCGGAAACGACAAAGACGAGGCGGCAACAGCCCCAGGUCCAAGAAUUGACGCAAAUGAUCGGGGAGCACGAGCAGCUGUACGAGAAGGUGAUGGACAUCAUCAAGGCGAGAUACGCGGAAACCGGCAACGCCCAUUUCUGCUCUCUGAAAAUGGAGCUGCUGAUGGCGGCCCACGACGCGAACAUCGAGACGUCAACCCGGAUCGACCCGGGCUACGAGCUGGCGAAAUGCCUGGACGCUUGUGUACGCGAACGGCAUAUGGACAACAAUUUGGCCACCCGUUUGAGAAGUGCGCUCGAGAAGAAAUUGGAGCCUGAGGAAUUGGCCGAUGUGGCGAUGGUGGCCUGGGACACGCAUGUCGUCCAUUUUCUGUGCUCCAUCAUUGUAAAGCUUCUCCGCGAUUCCUCAGCGCUUCCGCGCGAUUCGCAGAGUAUGCAGCUGCUCAUCAAAGUAUUGGCCCUGGGCGCUAAUAGUCAUAAAAUCGUCUCCUCGCCCGAGACAAUUCCCAGCAACCUGAUCGACGCGAUAUUUUUCACGAAAUUCCUGCCAACGCUGGGGAAAAUGGUGGUGGAGGACGUGAUGCGGAUUGAAAUCGCCAAGGGGACAAUGGACGUCAGCGAGGAGUUCAGCCACAGCACCCUCCUCAGCGAGGCCCCAGACGUGGCAAUGACUUUUGUGAAGGCCGAUAUGUGCGCCUCGUUGCUGUGGCUUCACCAGAUGAUCGAAAUGUUUCCGAAUAAGAAGCGAGGCGUCGAUAUGAGGGGAUUUUUACGAUACGCUCGGCAUAUGCACGAAUUGAGGGGAAAGUUAGCAGUGCACGGGCCGUGGGGGCAUUUCCUGAUCCACCGUAUGAUAUCGGCCGCCAUUUCCGAGGGAAUACUCGCCGAUGACGCCUGUUUCCGCAUCCUGAUCGAUCGGCUGCUAAUCGAGAAUUUAAAGGAAGAACCCAACGUGAAAUACCAUCUUCUGCGGAUCGUCUAUCAAUUACACGGCCAAUUGGGCAUACAAAAAUCGAGCGAGCUGAUGGAGCAGAUUUCCCCGGAGAAUCUCGGCGAGCUACCAGAGGCUGAAAAGGAAAAAUACGAUAAGGACUACAACAAAACGCUUGAGCGCAUCACGCCAAAGCCGGAAGAAGAGGCGCCGCCCCAGCCGAUGCCCCAGAUGACCCCAGCACAUCCGAUGAUGGGGCCACCGACAGCGCAGAAAAUCGGCCCAAAAAUGCACCCAUCGAUGACGCCCGGGCCGCGGCAAUUCGCCACCCCAGGCCCAACACGCCCACAAUUCAUGACGCCACGACAU